UUAGAUGCAAAUUUUGUGGUGAUAAGGCAGUGAAAAAUGCUUUUCCACUGGCUGCAAGCGAAGUUACGAUCCAGUCGCCCGGUGUUUCAGACAACGCGCAUGUUGUGUGUGCCCUCUGAUACAUUUGUCAACGCUGAUGAUAGUAGCGCGAGGAAGAGGCCAGGGAAGUAAGAAUGAGAUAAUACGGUUCAACUGGCAAAGCGAGCCUCCAACAGGGCGUUUUCUGAAUCCAUGUGAUCUAUAUUUGGUCCAAAGUAUGCAGGAUUUUAGGGUUUCACGUUACUUGAUGUUUCCCGUUACCAAGCUACAAAGCCGGUCACUCGACGCUCGUUCAAGAUGCAGCACCUGGCACCUGACCUCUUUGUCUAGGCUUUGGAAAUGAUGUUUACUUUUUCUCUUUCUAUCUUCUUUUCUUCCGGAUUUGGUUUGAAGAUGAAUACUGUCUACUUUCCGCGAAGAAACCGUAGCGGGGUUCACUUGUAAGAACAAAUUGAAACCUUUCUGUUUCUUUGGCAUGGCGGGCAGGCGUGGUGCUCAGACACUCCCCUACUCAAAGGUCAAAACGAAGACCAGCAGAAGAAGGAAGAGCCAACUGCGCGAUUUCCUCUCGACCAACAUCUUCUGUAUAGGAAUCAUCGUCUCCCUCGGUGUCUUCAUCGUUGUUGUCCUCAGAUACGGAAUUCCGAUACCCCCUUCUACUAGACCUCAAAAUUCUUCCUACCCGCCCUUUUCUCGACGCAAGAGUUCACCCUUACAGAGAUUCACCUCAUUGAAUGGCACAUAUUCACCUGUAGACAUCAGCACAAAGGGCCUCUAUGACAAGAUUCAGUUCUUGGACGUGGAUGGGGGCCCUUGGAAGCAAGGAUGGGUGGUGAAGUAUAAGGGAGAUGAGUGGAACGAUGAGAAAUUGAAGGUCUUCGUCGUGCCGCAUUCCCAUAACGAUCCAGGAUGGAAGCUCACCGUGGAAGAGUAUUAUAUGCGUCAAUCUCGACAUAUAUUGGAUACCAUCGUCGAGACUCUUUCAAAGGAUACUCGGCGAAAGUUCAUCUGGGAGGAGAUGUCAUAUCUGGAAAGGUGGUGGAGGGACGCUUCGGAAUCAAAGAAACAGAGUCUGAUUAAUUUGGUAAAGAAUGGGCAGCUGGAGAUUGUUGGAGGCGGCUGGGUGAUGAAUGAUGAGGCAAACUCACACUAUUUUGCUAUUAUUGAGCAGAUGAUGGAAGGGAACAUGUGGUUGGCUGAUAAUGUUGGGGUUGUUCCUAAAAAUGCUUGGGCUAUUGAUCCAUUUGGUUACUCUGCCACAAUGGCAUACUUACUUCGUCGUAUGGGUUUCGAGAACAUGCUCAUACAAAGGACUCAUUACGAGGUGAAGAAGGAACUUGCACUGCACCAGAAUCUGGAAUUUUUGUGGCGGCAGGUUUGGGAUUUGGAAGGAACAGCUGAUAUAUUUGUUCAUAUGAUGCCUUUUUAUUCUUAUGAUGUGCCACACACUUGUGGGCCAGAACCUGCUGUCUGUUGCCAGUUUGAUUUUGCUCGGACUCAUGGCUUUAGCUAUGAGUUCUGUCCAUGGGGUGAACAUCCAGUCGAAACUAACCCAUCCAAUGUGCAAGAAAGAGCCUUGAAGUUGUUAGAUCAAUAUAGGAAAAAGUCUACUCUUUACAGAACAAAUACCCUUCUUAUACCUCUUGGGGAUGAUUUUAGGUAUGUUACUGUAGAUGAAGCAGAAGCUCAAUUCAGAAAUUACCAGCUAUUAUUUGAUUAUAUCAAUUCAAAUCCAUCUCUGAAUGCUGAGGCAAUGUUUGGCACGCUGGAAGACUAUUUUCAAACUCUCCGUGCAGAGGCAGAAAGAAUAAACUUUUCUCGAGCUGGGGAACUUGGUUCCGAGGAACUUGAAGGUUUUCCUUCAUUAUCAGGUGACUUCUUCACCUAUGCUGACAGGCAACAAGAUUACUGGAGUGGUUAUUAUGUUUCAAGGCCAUUCUUUAAGGCUGUUGAUCGUGUGUUGGAGGAAACUCUCCGAGCAUCUGAAAUUAUGUUUGCACUAGUGAUGGCUUACUGCCAGAGACACUCGUGUGCUAAGUUUCCCAUCAAUUUCUCAGACAAAUUGACAGCAGCAAGAAGGAAUCUAGCACUCUUUCAGCACCAUGAUGGUGUAACGGGGACUGCAAAAGACCAUGUAGUUGAAGAUUAUGGACUUCGAAUGCAUACUUCUUUAGACGAUCUGAAAAUAUUCAUGUCUAAGUCUGUUGAGGUAUUGCUUAACAUCCAUAAUAACAAGUCCGCACCAAGUUUGGUAUCUCAGUUUGAGGCAGAGGAGGUGAGAUCAAAGUACAAUGUUCAACCUGUACAUCGUGUGAUAGAAGUCUCUGAGGGUAGUGCACAAUCAAUUGUGCUUUUUAAUCCUUUAGAACAAAGCAGGGAAGAAAUUGUAAUGGUCAUUGUCACAGAUCCAGAUAUUUGUGUUUUGUCAUCCAACUGGUCCUCUGUGAGGAGUCAGAUUGCUCCUGAGUUGCAGCAUGAAAAAGACAAAUUAUUCACUGAGAAGCAUCGUGUUUUCUGGAGAGCUUCUGUUCCCCCAUUGGGUUUGCAGACUUAUUAUAUUGCCAAUGGCUAUGCUGGAUGUGAGAAACCAAGGCACUCAAAAUUGAAAAUAUUUGCUGGAUUAGAGCCUGUGUCUUGUCCUGCUUCUUACACUUGUUCAAAACUGGUGGAGGACACUGUAGAGGUUCAGAACCACUUGCAUACACUUACAUUUGAUACCAAGCAUGGUCUUUUGCAGAAAGUCACUAAUCAUAAAGAUCACUCUGUAACAAUUGUCGAGGAAGAAAUUGGUAUGUAUUCUAGCAUGGGAAGUGGGGCAUAUCUUUUCAAGCCUACUGGUGAAGCACAACCUAUUAUUCAGGCAGGUGGGAGGUUGGUAAUAUCAGAAGGCCCCCUCAUGCAAGAAGUCUAUUCAUACCCCAAGGUAUCAUGGGAAGAUACUCCUAUUUCAUAUAGCACUCGUAUCUAUAAUGGGGAAAACACAGUUCAAGGAUUCUUUAUUGAGAAGGAAUACCAUGUUGAUCUUCUUGAUUCCAACUUCAAUGACAGGGAGUUAAUUGCUAGGUUCAAGACCGAAAUAGAAAACAAACAAAUCUUUUAUUCAGAUCUGAAUGGUUUUCAGAUGAGCCGUAGGGAAACCUAUGAUAAGAUUCCUUUACAGGGCAAUUAUUAUCCUAUGCCUUCCCUUGCUUUCUUGCAGAAUUCAGAAGGUCACAGGUUUUCCAUUCAUUCACGACAAUCACUGGGUGUGGCAAGCCUUAGAAAUGGUUGGCUUGAGAUUAUGCUGGACAGACGAUUAACUCAGGAUGAUGGUAGAGGUCUUGGCCAAGGUGUGCUGGAUAACCGUCCUAUGAAUGUCAUUUUUCAUCUUCUAAUAGAAAAAAAGGUUUCCGUAUCAGUAAAUGAUUUAGCAGGUCCAGCCCCUUUGAAUCCAUCCCUGCUAUCUCACAGAGUUAGUGGUCACUUGAACUAUCCGAUGCAUAUAUUUGUGAGUAAGAAAGCAGAAGAGAAAUCAGGGCAUUCACCUCCAAAGUCUUUCUCACCAUUAAUUUCUUCCUUGCCAUGCGAUGUCCAUAUUGUAGGUUUCAAGGUUCCCCGUCCAUUGAAAUUCUUGGACAGGACAACUAAAGAUCUGAGAUUCUUGCUUAUCCUGCAGAAGAGGGGUUGGGAUUCAUCUUAUUGCAACAAAGGAGGUUUUGGAUGUUCAACAUUGACAAAUGGGGUCUUUGAUCUCUUCUCAAUGUUCAACGACCUCUCUAUCCAGGAAGCAAAAGCAGCUUCUCUUAAUACAUUACAUGAUUAUAUUGAAAAUGUGGGGAGUAUUGAUGAACGACACAGAAAAAAACUGCAAGAGAUCACUAGUGAUGGUGAAAUAUUGCUUUAUCCUAUGGAGUUGCAAGCAUACAAAUUGGAAAUUUUGCUGAAGCAGUGACUGUAAGAUGUACGGGAGACAGUUUUUCUAAUGUGAAUUGCUAGAGUGAUUCAACUUGAGCAGCCAUCUUUGGAGCACAUCUGCAGCAGUUUAUUUUUGGCAUGUGGCUCAACGAGCAAGAAGUUGAUCUGUGCAAGUCUGAUGAGAUGAAAUGCACAGUGGAUAAGUGUUUUAGUUGGUUCCUCACACGCUGAAGGUGCUGCUCCAUGAACCGUGCCAAUUUUCAUCUCGUGGAUAUUGUUAGUUUCCACCAAUUCCUGGUGAUAUUUUAUAGAGAUAACUGAUAAGUGCCAUACAAGAUAUUUUGCUUCUUCCUUUCUGCUGUAUACAAUCUUUACUACUUUGGCUCAUAAAAUGAUGGAGUAAUCUAGUCGACCAAGUUUCAAUAACAUGCUUCCUAAAUUUUUUA